AUGUUCAUGAACCUGUUCAAGGCCAUGCCCGCUCGGGCCGGGGCCUUCGCCUCCAUGAAGACCCCUGCUCAGGCUCGCUUCAUGGCCACUGUUCGUCAGCGUGCCGCCCUUGAGCCCGCUACCUUCACCAUUCGUGACGGUCCCAUGUUCACCGGAAAGUCCUUCGGUGCCCGCUCCAACAUCUCCGGAGAAGCCGUCUUCACCACCUCCCUGAUCCUGGUCUUCACCCAGCCUCUUAUCGGCAACUACGGGGUUCCUUCCGCUGAGAAGGAUCCCAAUGGUCUCUUGAAAUACUUCGAGUCCCCCAACCUCCAGGCCGCCGGUGUCGUCGUUGCCGAUGUUGCCGAGCAGUACUCCCACUGGACUGCCGUCGAGUCUCUGGGUGAGUGGUGUGCCCGUGAGGGUGUUCCCGCUAUCUCUGGUGUCGAUACUCGUGAGAUUGUCACCUACCUUCGUGAGCAGGGUUCGUCCCUUGCCCGUAUCACCGUCGGCGAGGAGUACGAUGCCAACGAGGACGAGGCCUUCACCGAUCCCGAGCAGAUUCACCUGGUUCGUCAGGUCAGCACCAAGCAGCCUUUCCACAUCAGCGCUGCGGAGCCCACCUCCCACGUUGCCGUCAUUGACUGCGGUGUGAAGGAGAACAUCCUGCGUAGCCUGGUUGGCCGUGGCGCUAGCGUCACUGUCUUCCCCUUCGACUACCCCAUCCACAAGGUUGCCCACCACUUCGACGGUGUUUUCAUCUCCAACGGUCCCGGUGACCCCACCCACUGCCAAGACACCGUCUACCACUUGAAGCGCCUCAUGGAGACUUCCCAGGUCCCCAUCUUCGGUAUCUGUCUCGGUCACCAGCUCUUGGCCCUGGCUGCCGGCGGCCGCACCAUCAAGCUCAAGUACGGUAACCGGGCUCACAACAUCCCGGCCCUGGACCUGAGCACCGGUCGCUGCCACAUCACCAGCCAGAACCACGGUUACGCCGUCGAUGCCUCUACCCUGCCUUCUGACUGGAAGCCUUACUUCGUGAACCUGAACGAUCAGAGCAACGAGGGUAUGAUCCACAAGUCUCGCCCCAUCUUCAGCACGCAAUUCCACCCCGAGGCCAAGGGCGGUCCCCUCGACUCCUCCUACCUCUUCGACAUCUACCUGGACAGCGUCCUGAAGUAUAAGAACAGCCAGGCUGGUCUCUUCCCUCAGCGUGACAGCCGUCCCAGCCCUCUGCUGGUGGACCUGCUCCCCAAGGAGCGCGUGGGCGUUCAGCCCACCGUUGGCAUGCAGAACAUGGCCGCCGCCGCCGCCGCCGCUGCUAUCUAA